UCCAGCCAGACACGAUGGUAACAAUGGUACCUGUUCUGCUGUCUCUGCCGCUCCUUCUGGGUCAUGCAGUCCCCCAGGAGACCCAAGCUGGUCCUUAUUCUCUGAUCUUUCUCUACACUGGGGUGUCCAGGCCUAGUAAAGGCCUCCCAAGGUUUCAGGCCACUGCCUUCCUCAAUGACCAGGCCUUCUUCCACUACRAUAGUGAGGGCAGGAAAGCAGAGCCCCUGGGACCAUGGAGCCAAGUAGAAGGAAUGGAGGACUGGGAGAAGGAGAGCCAACUUCAGAAGGCCCGGGAGGAAAUCUUCCUGGUGACCCUGAAAGACAUCAUGGACUACCACAAGGACAGCAGAGGGUCUCACACCUUUCAGGGAAUGUUCGGCUGUGAGAUCCAGAAUAAUAGAAGCAGUGGGGCGUUCUGGAGGUAUGCCUAUGAUGGACAGGACUUCAUUGAAUUCAACAAAGAAAUCCCAGCCUGGGUCCCCUUGGACCCAGCAGCCCUGAACACCAAGAAGAAGUGGGAAGCAGAAAAGGUCUAUGUGCAGCGGGCCAAGGCAUACCUGGAGCAGGAGUGCCCUGAGAUACUGCAGAGGUACCUGAACCACAGCAGGACUCACCUGGACCAACAAGAUCCUCCCUCUGUGUCAGUCACCAGCCAUGUGGCCCCGGGAAGAAACAGAACACUCAAAUGCCUGGCUUAUGACUUCUACCCACAAAGAAUCGGUUUGCGCUGGACUCGGGCCGGCAAGGUGCAGGAAAUUAAAGCAGGGGGAGAGAUUCUUCCCAGUGGAAAUGGUACUUACCAGUCCUGGGUGGUGGUGGGAGUCCCCCCUGAGGACAGAGCCCCUUACCUCUGCCUUGUGGAGCACAGUGGGCUGGCCCAGCCCCUCACAGUGCCAUGGAAUGGAAGGCAGAAAGCCAGGGCUGAAGGUAAAUUGGGGACUCCUCAGUAGUCACAUAAGAGAGUUGAACUUUAGAAAUCAUCAUCAAUGUCACCAACAAGGUCCCAGGAAAACAGUGCAAAAGGCAGUGCAAAUCCAGAUAGUGGAUUUGGAGACAGGAGACUUGCCACUGAGCUCACUCUGACUGUUCACCUCCUAAACUCUCCAUGGUCCAGUCUUUAAAACCUCACCCACAAUACUCCCCUUGCCUGGCCCAGCAGAGAAAGAUGUUUUCAAACUGUAAACUGGCUAUAAAAAUGUGA